CCAAACACGUGUAAAAUAAGCAAAGAUCGAGCCGCGUGGAUCAUGCCGGUCCUCUUCCCCGCAUCCUUCUAUAGGAACGGCCGUCCUCUCUGCCGUCCAGACUCCAAUCUUAACCUAACCAUUUCCCUUAUCCUGCACACCCCUUCGCCAUGGCAUCCCUCCUCUAGGGCAGAGAGAGAGAGAGAGAGAGAGUUAUAGAUAGAAAAUCUCCAUGUCUUCCCUUCUUUUCCAUCAUUUCUCACUCUCUCCUUCUUCUCCUUCAUCAUCUUCUUCCGUUCUCUUUUCCUCUCCUUCUCCAUCUUCUUCUUCUUUUCAUUCUCUUUCCUUCCCAAAAAUCCCUAGAAGAUUCCGUCUCAGAGCCCAAUCUUUCAAUCCCGACAGUGGCGGUGACAAAAAACCCACUAAUGGCGCUAACGGUGCUAACGGCACUCUGUCCAAGAGCAGGAGGGAAAUUCUUUUGGAGUAUGUAAGAAAUGUGCAGCCAGAAUUUAUGGAAUUGUUUGUGAAAAGGGCACCACAUCAGGUCGUUGAUGCGAUGCGCCAGACGGUAACAAAUAUGAUUGGAACGCUUCCCCCUCAAUUUUUUGCAGUAACUGUUACCACUGUUGCUGAAAAUCUUGCUCAGCUCAUGUACAGUGUUUUGAUGACUGGUUACAUGUUCAAGAAUGCACAACAUCGCUUGGAGCUGCAGCAAAGUCUAGAACAGGUUGCUCUGCCUGAUGCAGAAGAUGCUAAGGAUGUACCCGAAUAUGCUCCUGGCACACAGAAAAAUGUGACAGGUGAAAUUAUCAGGUGGAAUAAUGUUUCUGGUCCUGAGAAAAUGGAUGCAGUAAAAUACAUCGAGUUACUUGAAGCGGAAAUUGAGGAACUUAAUCAUCAAGUGAAAAGGAAGUCUGCUAAUGGGCAAAAUGAACUGUUGGAAUAUCUCAAGUCCCUUGAACCACAAAAUUUAAAGGAGUUGACAAGUAGUGCUGGAGAGGAUGUUGUGCUGGCUAUGAAUACCUUCAUAAAGCGUCUUUUGGCAGUUUCGGACCCUUCCUUAAUGAAGACAGCAGCUACAGAGACCAGUGCACCAGAACUUGCCAAGUUGCUAUAUUGGUUGAUGGUGGUUGGCUAUAGCAUCCGCAACAUUGAAGUGCGUUUUGACAUGGAGAGAGUUCUUGGCACUCCUAUGAAGCUUGCUGAGCUACCACCUGGGGAGAACAUCUAGAUGGACGCAAAUAUGUGUAGGAGCAUUCAAAAUUGUAAGAAAUGGCAUGCUGGAAAAGCCUACAUAUCCAGGAGGCAAUCAGUUUGACUAAUUGAUAUUUGAUACACGUAUAUCCAUUUUCAAUUAGCCAGUGCUUUCUUUCAUGGCUCAUAGAUGGCAACUGCAGGAGCAGGUUGUUCUUUUUACAUCAGCUGCUUUUGCUACUCAUCAGAGAAAAAAAAAUGUGUAUCACGUAAUGAUUUUUAAUUAAAUCCAUUAAUUAAAACAUGUGUUUCUAUUCCA